AAUGUCCCAAGAAUCCACGCGCCUUCAAGUCUACGGGCAUUCGUCCGCCCAGCUUCGAGGUCGGGUUCUGUUUCGAAGACCGAAGCUGUCCCAGCUACUGUGUCAGCGGAACUAUAAAUGGGUCAUGGGCAUCUACGAUCAUCAGGGACACCGGUUGCUCAUUCUCCUCAGCGCUAGUCUCUUCGCCACCUGCUGACGUCGCCUCGCCACCCUCGCAUGCCACCUCCCCUCCAGCAAAGAUCCUAGCUGUGGAGACACGGUCGGCGAAGGUGAAGCGCCUGCAUCCCCUGGUUCUGCCGAAAUUGCAGCCGCUGACUGUGACUCCCAAGGAAUUUGCCAAGCUUCAAGACUCGUAUUUGGUUGGACCACUUUCACCCCCUUCCUCUGCGGGGCACAGGUAUGUACUCACGUUAAUUGAUUUCGCCACCGGGUUUCCAGAAGCCUUGCCCUUGAAGGAAAUUGAUUCUAUUUCUGUGGCCGAAGCAUUGCUUGUGAUCUUCUCUCGCGUAGGCAUACCACGGGAAAUUCUGUCAGAUAGGGGGACUCAGUUUACGUCUCAGUUGAUGGCGGAGCUUCACAAGUUGCUGGGAGUUAAGCCGUUAUUUACCACCCCUUUUCACCCUAGUGGUAAUGGACGAAUUGAGAGAAUGCAUGGGCCCCUGAAAGCGUCGCUGCGGAAAUUGUGUGCCGACAAACCCAGAGAGUGGCACCGGUAUCUUGUCCCCACGUUAUUUGCGCUGAGAGAAAUUCCUAGCGACCGGACCGGGUUCUCGGCGUUCGAGUUAUUAUACGGCCGAGCCGUGAGAGGCCCGCUCUCGGUGUUAAGGGAUCUGUGGGAGGACACCAGUAUAGAAGACGACGAGCGGACUCACUACCAGUAUGUCCUUGAAUUACGGGACAAACUUUCACAGUGUGCCAAGAUCGCCGCGCAGAAUGCUGACAUUAGUAACACCAAAUAUAAGGCCUAUUUCGACGUCAAAUCACAAGAUCGUCAAUUUAUUCCGGGGGAUGAAGUGUUAGUGCUCUUGCCUGAUAAGAAGAGCAAGUUGCUUGUUUCCUGGAAUGGGCCUUACAAAGUCCUAGAGAAGCGGAGUAGGGUAAAUUACGUAAUUGACGAACCAAAGGGGCCCAAGUUAUAUCAUGCUAAUUUAUUAAAGAAAUACCAUCGCAGGGCCCACCUUAACUUUGCUCAUGUCCUAGAUAACGAUUCUAAGCUAGAGUCAGUCGAGGCACUACCCUGCGAGGAGUCGGGAAUAAUUCCGGCACCAGACUCGGAUGAUCUCGGUUGCCAGCUACCGAUAACUCCAGAUGGCAUAGUAGAAUCCCCUUCGACUGACGAUGGGCCCGCACUUAAACCUGGAUUGGAGAGGAACCAACGUGCUGACAUUGAGGACUUGAUUGCUAACUUUGAGGAUGUAUUCUCAAACGUCCCGGGAUGCACAUCCACUGUACACCAUGACAUCCUCCUCACAACCACUCAGCGUGUGCAGGCCAAAGUUUAUCCUGUCCCUAUUCAUCUCCAGAGUUAUUUUGAAGAAGAGGUCGACCGUCUACUUGAGCAGGGAAUCAUCCAAUUGUCAUCGUCCCCUCACUGCUCUCCGGUGGUUAUGGUGCGUAAGCAGGAUGGUACUUUUAGGAUGGCCAUUGACUACAGGGCGUUAAAUGCGGUAACUGUCUUUCAUGCCGAGCCCGCCUGUUCUAUGGAGGAAGACUUGCACAAGUUCUCAGGGGCGAAGUACUUCUCGGAGUUGGAUCUAUGUAAAGCUUACUACCAGGUACCCUUAACUGAACGCGCAAAACCACUAACUGCAUUUCCUACUCGUAGAGGAUUGAUGGAAUUCUGCCGACUUCCAUUCGGGCUGGUGACUGCCUGUGCCACGUACAUCAGGCUGAUGCGCCUCGUCCUUGCCGGUUUGCCUAGAGUUUCUUUUUAUUUUGACAACAUUUUCAUAUAUUCCUCAGAUUGGCAAGAACAUCUUAGCGACGUUAAAGCUGUCUUGGAGAGGUUAAGGGGACAUACUUUGACGAUAAAGCCAUCUAAGUGCCGCUUUGGAUUUGAGUCUAUUCAUUAUCUUGGAUUCGUGCUAGAUGGUCGGCAUCUUCGUCCCCAACCUGAGAAAAUACAAGCCCUUUGUGAGGUGUGUCCUCCUACAAAUAAGAAACUCCUCCGUAGUUUUCUCGGUAUGAUCUCUUUUUAUAAAGCUUUCAUUCCCCAGGCAUCUGAGUAUACCGGACCCUUAUCUGACCUGCUAAGGAAAGGCCACCGGGAGCCUCUUGUCUGGAACGACGACCUGCUGGCCAGAUUUAAUCGUCUCAAGAAUUCGCUAUCCACGCAGCCCAUCCUCAAACUGCCUGAUCAACACUUAACCUUCGUUCUUAGGACGGACGCCUCCAGUCAUGGCCUAGGAGCCGUCCUCCUCCAAUAUGUUCAGGCAUGUCCUCACCCAGUGGCCUAUGCCAGUAGGAAGUUACUAGAUAGGGAGAGGAGGUACUCCACCAUUGAACCCGUCACAAGUGACCUCAACAGUAGCCUUUGUGAGUCUGAAUAUUCAAACUCUGAG